AUGUAUCGUCGAUUAUUAUUUGCUGUCGUAUUCAUCUCGUUCUUUUGGAAUAUUUGGUCACUUCAGUGCUAUCAAGGGAAUAGUACUCAUUGCAAAUUAGGAGAAAAUACAGAUGAUCGGGUUACAGACAUAAAUUAUCUAUGCCUCAAGUAUUAUAAAUGUUCCCCACUCUUUGGAGAUUGUGAUAAACAAGAUCUUGAUUUACGUGGACAAAAAUGGGAAUUUAUGAUUGCUGAUCAAUUGGGAUGUGAUUAUAUGAAACAAACAGGUUACCUCAAUCUAACAUGCUGUUCGACAGAUAAAUGUAACCAACCACCUGCUGGUCUUUGUUCAACAAAUUAA